AUGCAGGUGUGUGAGGGCGACGAGAUAGUUGUGAACGUCGAUAACUUGCUACGUAACGGCGAGGGCGUCAGCAUACACUGGCACGGCGUGCACCAGCGACGCACGCCUUACAUGGACGGUGUCGCCCAGCUGACGCAGUGCAGCAUACCUGCCUACACAUCGUUCCAGUACCGAUUCAAGGCCGACACGCCAGGCACGCAUUUCUGGCAUUCUCACUCGGGCCUGCAGCGAGCCGACGGACUAUUCGGCAAGCUGGUAAUACGACAGACACCGGCGGACGACCCAAAUUCGCACCUGUACGAUUUUGACCUACCUGAGCAUGAGAUCAUUGUCACAGACUGGCUCAACGAACCAAUGAUGAACGAGUUCCCAGCGCAUCAUCACAAGCAACUGAACCCACUCAACACGAAGGGGAGUAGGAACCUGAUCCCAAUAAGCAACGUAAAAUCACUCGCACCUGACGACAAAUCACUCAACGAUCCCGACAUGCAGCUCUACCUCUCAUUCGACUUCUACAAGGUCGACAGCACGCUAUUCCAUGAUCCGUCGCUGUACCCGAUCAGAGCUAUAGAAAUGGGCAAGCACCUGUACACGCCUCAAGUCAACCACAUAUCAGCAAUUCUGCCACCGUCACCGCCUCUCACACAAUACUACGACGUUCCACAAAAUCUGAUAUGCAAUGAAACAACUCGGCGCAACUGCGACAAGGAAUACUGCGAGUGUGUCUACAUGUACAAGAUCCCACUGGGUAACGUCGUGGAAAUGGUGCUCAUUGACGAAGGAGUGACCUUUGACGCAAGCCAUCCGUUUCACCUUCACGGAUACAGAUUCCGGGUCGUUGCGAUGGACCGCGUUAAUAAGUCAGGGGUCACCGCCGAUGACGUCAGGCGACUAGAUCGUGAGGGACUCAUCGCAAGAAAGCUGAGCGGGGCUCCACUCAAGGACACAGUGACAGUUCCUGACGGCGGUUACACCAUCAUUAGAUUUCACGCCGAUAACCCUGGCAUAUGGUUCUUUCACUGCCACAUCGCAUUCCACGCAGAGAUCGGCAUGGCUGUAGUCAUGCAGGUAGGCGAACCCACGGACUUCCCCUACCCGCCCUACAAGUUUCCCCGCUGUGGCAACUUCGCACACACACGGGGCGCAGAGCCGCCCCCUGGCGAGGAAUAUUUGGAGAGCAUAGGGCGGCGCAACAGAGCGCGGUAUGGCAGCCAUCAUACAGAUAGUGGCGCCAGUGACAAGAGCCUCGGCUGCAUCCUGGCAGUUUUCUGCUGUUUUUGUGCGUUUUUUAGAUUGACGUAGGAAGCACGUUUUUAAUAAUGCACGGGUUUAAUACGGUCGUUUUAGCUUUAGGUCUUUGUAGAGUCGACGUGUAUAUUUUUCGUGCAAAGUCUCGAGAUAGAUAUGUACGGCAGUAAAAGGACAUGUGCUUUCUCUCGUGGCCAGGAAUAUUAACACGUAAAGUGUACUAGGAGCAACGAUCCUGCCACAGUACUCUUUACUGUCCACUUACAUGAAGAUAUAUAUGUAUUACAUAGAGAGAAAGAGUGAGAGAGUGAGAGAGAGAGAGAAAAAUAGAUAAGAUAGAUAUAUUUCACACCAAGAGUUAUCCUCUAACUACCUCUGCACAAUAAAUGCAAGAAUUGGAUUCGUGAUGGUUUUCAUUAAAAUAAAACAAAUUCACUUGAAACACUUGUAAUUGUCAAUAAAUAUACCUUUUUAUUACCUCUAACCUCA